AUGACAUUCUGUUCAUAUCUAUCUAUCUAUCUAUCUUAUUCUGUUCAUAUCUAUCUAUCUCUCCUCAUUCUAUUCAUAUCUAUCUUAUUCUGUUCAUAUCAAUAUAUCUCAUUCUGUACAUAUCUAUCUCACUCUGUUCAUAUCUAUCUAUCUAUCUAUCUAUCUAUCAAUCUAUCUAUUUCAUUAUUUUUAUAUCUAUUUAUCUAUCUGUCUAUCUAUCUAUCUAUCUAUCUAUCUGAGUGUUCUAUCUAUCUAUCUAUUUAUCUAUCUAUCUAUCUAUCUAUCUAUCUAUCUAUCUAUCUAUCCCAUAUUUUCAUAUCUAUCUAUCUAUCUAUCUAUCUAUCUAUCUAUCUAUCUAUCUAUCGUAUUCUGUUCAUAUCUAUAUAUCUCAUUCUGUACAUAUCUAUCUCUCUCUCUCUCUGUUCAUAUAUCUAUCUAUCUAUCUAUCUAUCUAUCUAUCUAUCUCACUCUGUUCAUAUCUAUCUAUCAACGUAA